GGCAGGCAAUAUAAAUAGUAUUUCCCAACGGGACUCUCUCUAUCUUGGAGCCUUUGUACCAUCGGUGGCCUCUAGAUUUAUCCUAUCUUUCUUCAUACGACACAACCAUACCCACCAUGCCCUCUGACGCCACAGUGAUCGACGGAUGCGGUCUGUGCAAUCGACUCGCUAGUCCCUAUGUAUGCGAAACCUGCCAGCUUGUCUCCUACUGUAGCGAAGAGCAUAUGCAGGAGCAUAAGCAUGCACAUCAAAGGGUCUGCUGCCGAAUAGACGACAUCCGUCGGGAGGCCGAGCGAUACCAGCUUCGCGAUGAAGAUGGGAAUGUCAUACGUCCUCAAGAUUUGGACACAACAGAAGACGAGGGCUGGCGGUAUCGCUCGGAAAAUCUCGAAUACACCACAAGUCACAUGCUAUUGAUCCAGGAGAUCGAGCAGUUGAGCACUCGGCCAGCACUGAAAGCACGAUUGGAGCUUAUGUUGAAGACCGGUCACUUGUAUCGUAAUGAUGCUGAAAAUGCGAUGGACAUACUAUGUCUGCACUUUCGGCUGGGUCGGCAUGCGGAGUUUUACAAUCUCGUGAAGACCCAUACCACAAAGUCUCCUGCAUCCGUCUUGUCCACCUUUGGGACCGGAUACACGUUCCAGGAUUGGCUGAAAACAAUCGAUGAGACGCCAGAUCUAUUCGAGGAUGUCCAAUGGCUGAUAUCCUCUGACUACCAUGUCGACAUUGUGCUAUUGGUAAUGCUACUCAAGCUUGACAUGCUCUUUGAUUUGGUAGCGGCAGAGACAGCCACCGAUACAGUCGGAUCCAGAGUUCCCCGCGAGAUCCUUGACCACAUCGUCUCAUUUGCUGUCACUACGUCGGCCGUUGCGGACAGCCCCAAGUUUCUCUCCCUUGACCAUACUGAGCAGAUCAGGAUCCUCCGCGAUCAGAUCCAGGAACUGUAUACCGCAAUUUCGAGAAGGAAAUUCAACGUAUGGGAUUCCGUGAUCAAGUACAAAAAGUCCGGCUGGGGCGAUAGUUGUCCAGAACACAUCGACUUUCCCAGUGGCUGCCAGUCCACAUUCAGAUGUGGCCCUCAUUACGCGUUGGACUUCUGGCAUGAAAGGCCAUGGGCUCUGAAGUACAUCUCGAAACUUGCCCCCAAUACAUAUGUCUGCGGUGAUGAGAUUCUUCCAGGAGCAUAGGUAAACGGAACGUGUUUUCAUUUCAUUACAACUCCCAAUUCUUCCACUCACUCCAAUUAUUCCAGCAAGUACCCCAGCAAAUUAGGUUUUCCAGAU